UAGUUUUCAUAAAUGUGCAGACAACUUGUGAACGAUAAAUGUCUCUGGUUAUUAAUCGCUUGUCAUAACGUGGAUAUGAGUUGCGCUAUCAUUUUCAAGAUAAUUUACUUUUUAGUAGGCUUAGCAUGGGAGAAGUAACGUUGUCUACUAACUGGCUAGCCACUUAGCUAGCUAGAGAAUGUUAGCUACCUAGCAUUCUAUCACGAAUAGCAACAGCAUGUUAAAUGUUUAAGCAAGCUUGCUAAUCAGACAUUUUGGAAAAACAUCACUGUAAGCAUGUACAUAAUUAAUAUGAAAUGGGAGGAUUUAGAAUAAGACUUGUUUAACUGCUCAUUUGUCUCAUUCUUGCAGGAAAACAUCCAAUUUUGUCUUCCACACCACUGCAGGUCCUGUUCUACCUCAACAGCUGGUAUUUUGCUGCCUACUUCCUCGCUGAGGUUCUGAUGUUUGUUUACAAAGGAUUGUUGUUACCAUACCCACCAGCAAGUCUCACGUUGGAUGUUGGGCUACUACUUGUUUUCCUGGGCCUUGAGUCCCUCCGAAUAUUUUACGGUUGGAAGGGGAACUUAACAGAGCGUUCUCUGGCCAUGUCAGUGAGUGUGCUGGUCCUGGUGCCGUGCACAGUGUUGUCUGGGUACUACCUGAUGCUGCAGACCUUCGUCCUGCGCCUGGAGUUCAUCCUUAAUGCUGUGUUACUCUGCUUCUACAGUCUGGAGAUGCUCCUAGGAAUCAUGUCCAUAUCUGCUUUCUCCAGGUCAAAGGUGUACUGAGGAAGAGGCAUGCUGCAAUGUUCCACAUCGUUUCAAGAGGAAUGCUGCAAUGUUCCACAUCGUUUCAAGAGGAAUGCUGCAAUGUUCCACAUCGUUUCAAGAGGAAAGAAGAAAGGGUUUUCACCAGGAUUGUUAUGUGAACAUGUUUAAAUCCCACAUGUUGUAGUUUUUAUAUUGUCUGUUAAUAGCCAAAAUAUUUAUAUUUUUGUAACGAUGAAAUGUCAUCUAUUUUUAUUUUUAUUUAUUUUUACCUGUUUUUGUAUCAACUGUCAAUCUUGUAUGGUACUAGCAGCACCAAUGGGAUUGUCUUAUGAGGUUAUUCCAUCUGCUGUGCCUGAUAAUGGAAUGUAUUUGUACAAUUUUUGUUGUUGUUGAUUCAGAGCACUAUAUUUCAUUAUUUACUUUAAUAAAUACAAUUCCUCAUUCAUUCAUUCACCAGAG